AUGUUCGCAUCCACCGAUAGCCAACAUGUGAGGGAAAGGAUUGCAUCCACAGCAUCGGCAAUAGCCAUUUCACCAUCCACCGAUUCGGCAUCAUCGACAUCGCAACAGCAACUUUCUCACCGUCCUCGACUCCCAAGCUCAGGAGGAUCAAGUCCCAAGAUGAGUGGACAGGUGCCACUCCUUCCACCACCGAAAAACAGCACAAAAAAUAAUGGGACGGUGUGCUCUUCUCAUCUCGGCAUGGCCGCUCGGUUUCUCCAACGACGGAGUCCCGUCGGGUUAUUUGCAUUUGUUUUCUUGGGGGCGUUGUUGGUUUGGCUUUGGCCUGUCAUUACCGCUGGAGCUACCAAAAAAGACUUGCAAGAAAUAUGGAAGCUUGUUUCGACCGUCCGGCUGUCCAAAGAGGAAGAGGAUAAGCAGCUGAGAGUGUCUAUAGGAAGCAUCAAGACAUCCAGAAGAAUCCUUAUUGUGGGGAUGGUUGAGAAAAUGGAGGAAUUUUUCAAUACCGAUCACGACAAUCUCACACUCAGCAGCAAGACCAUUGAGGCCAUUGCAGGUCUGUGCUGGGCAUUCAAUGAAUCCAAUACUCAUAGCACUGUCGAUGUCCGAAUGCUCUACAAGUCAAAGAAUGUGAGCCAGGGAGAUCCAGAAUCCAGUCUGAGGCAAUUUUUGGAAAACUAUGAUUGCCACACAUAUUUUCAGUCCGAAGAUGAAUUGUGGACAAAAAGGGAAGGGGAGAAUAAGGAUCAGUUCCUGACACAAUUCAAGGGAUUCAAUCGAUAUAAACGGCUGGCAAUGCUUCGGUCGGAGCAACGACGUCAAAUUUUGGAAGCAUCCAAAGGGCACAAUGGUUAUGAUGUGGUAGUCAAUGUGGACAUGGAUGUUGUUACUCUACCACCCAUUGUACCGUUGCUCGAUGCCAUGGAAGGUGUCGCCGACAACAGAGCCAGUGCUGUUGGGAGUGUUGUAUGUGCCAUUGGGAUUGAAAACUGGAAUAUUGCCAAUGGCUGGUUUCGGAAUUCCCUUUACUAUGACACCUUUGCAACUGUUCUCGAUGAUGGAACCUGGGGCUACACACUGUACACACUCGAUGCUCGUGAACAACUCAAAUUUAGCCAGACGCUCUUCUUGAAGGAUAUUCUCCAGAGAUUGGAAAAUCCUAGGAAGCAGGAUCAGAUGUUCCAUAUGCAAUCCUGUUUUGGAGGUGUUGCUCUGUAUGACUUUGAUACAUGGGCGACUCCGGAAUGUGACUAUGAUCGGGAUACAAUUAAUUUGAAGGUGGAACAAGCCAACAAUCAAGAUGCAGCAGAGCAUCGAAUCUUUUCUAGUCGCUGGCUGGGUUCUUCACCUCGUGAAAGCCCUAACGACAAGCUGCAUCAGUUGCAGGAAUUCAAAGGAAACACAAAAGGAUGGACACUAGAUCCCAAGUACUUUACUUCUGAUGGGAAUGCCUGUGAACAUGUGGUCUUUCAGCAGUGCCUGUAUGAUGCCAAUAGGGAGAAGAGCACAAUGAACAACAAACGCCAGCUGAACAUUGGGAUUCAACCAGAUCUCAUCAUUGAACGAGAAGCAGCUGUCAUGAAUCGAUGGGAGGACUACGGGAACGUCGCGAUGUCUGCUCUGCGUGCUGUGGCAGCCUUGACCGGCUUUGCCAUGAUUCUCUUCCCUCUCCUGAGAUAUCUUCUCUUUCCCAAACGCAACAAAUCUGCUCUGAUAAUGGACCAAAUCCACACCAAAACAUCACAUGAUGACUGA